AUGGGAGUCGAGUGGCAACUAGAAAACAACAGGUACGACAUUAGCUUCUAUGAUAUCAAGACGAACAAAGUAUUCAAACCGCCGUUGGUGGUUUUUGGGAACUCAACCGAUGAUAUCCAGGAUCAAACACGGCUGGAGGCAUACGGAAAUAGUUGCUACUGUCAGGAGUUGGAAUGCGGCUGCUGCAUGGGAAUGACUAUCGCGCAGUUGAAUUUCAACCAGCACUUUUGUACCAAUCUGCGAUUCGAGCCGUACGAUUUUGCCGUUAGCGUGGAGGUCCUCAUGAAUGACAGCAGUAUCUAUGGGAAUUCACUGUCGGCCAAGAAUCCUCCGCCCUUGUGCCUGCCGGUUCCGAUUCCUUACAUCCCGCUUAACGCCGAUCUCUGUCUGAAGUUGUUCGAUAUCUACACACCCCGAAGGAAUCUGCAUCUGUGUUUGGACAUCGAGGCACGUGUUUGGCGUUUCCCGUUGCUUCUGCUGCACUUCGACUGUAUGCGGAUGGGGGCGGAUGGUUUGGUGCUUUUGAAGCCGCAGGAUGGCGAUGGAUUUGGGGAGGAUAUAACCCAGGGAGCUGCAGAUGUGUACGAUGAAGUGACAGAAGAGAUGAUGGGAGAAACCACCAUCCCACUGAAAUGAUCAAAUUUGGGGCUGUCCACAUAC